AUGGAUCCGUCAGCCCAGCCGUCGAAGCCAAAACCAGCGCUGCCUUCGUACCUCGCCGGAGCCGCACAACCAUCUCCGUUGCGAACUCCUGUGUCUCAAGAAGCGCGCGACAAGCGCGAGCGAGAAAAAUUAUACGCUGCCAUCGAGUCGUCAAGCACGGUUGGCAGGCAAUUGGUCGACCUGGACGCGCCCGCUCACCUCUCUUCCAAGAAAGCAAUGCCAGGUAAAGUCGAUGUGAAUGGGCAUCCAGCCAAAGAGUGGAAGUCGUCGAGGGGAAUAAUAGACGAGGAGCAUGCGAGGGACGCCAGAGACGAGGCACAGAUUGCUACUCCUUCGAUCAGUAGACCGGAGAGCCCGUUCACGCAGCAUCCGACCAUAGAUUUCGAUGGCUUGAGCUGGCCCAGUGCUGGCACGAGAGCGAGGCUGGAGGCCACUCCAGAAGAGGCCAAGGCUCGGUUGGAGAAGCUCACCGGCGCCGUUCGCACCAUUCUCGAAUGCGUGGGCGAGGAUCCUGAUCGUGAGGGCUUGUUGAAAACACCCGAGCGCUACGCGGAGGCUAUGAUGUUCUUCACCAAGGGCUACGAGGAGAAUCUAAGGGACAUUGUGAAUGGCGCCGUCUUUCACGAAGAUCACGAUGAGAUGGUUAUUGUGAAGGACAUUGAGAUCUUUUCGCUUUGCGAACAUCACCUUGUGCCGUUCGUUGGGAAAAUGCACAUCGGCUACAUUCCCAACCGUCGUGUGAUCGGCUUGUCAAAACUAGCUCGAAUCGCCGAAAUGUUUGCCAGGAGACUCCAGGUGCAAGAGAGACUGACAAAGCAAGUUGCGUUGGCCUUGUCUGAGGUGCUGCAGCCACAAGGUGUAGCAGUCGUGGUAGAGUCGAGUCAUUACUGCAUGGUUAUGAGGGGUGUAGAGAAAACUACUUCGAAGACCAUCACGAGUUGCAUGCUUGGACGCCUGCGUUCAACCGCAAAGACACGGGAGGAAUUCUUGAAGCUCAUCCAGCACUAG